UUAGAUAUCCCUAUGUAUAUAUAUAUAACCAAGUAUUCUAAUGAAAAUGUGUGUUAGACAGAGUGGACGUAGGCUUUCUUUGGCCGAACCACAAUACAUCUUUUUGUCCUCUUUUCUAUUUCUGUUUCUUUUUUUUUCUUAACAUGGUAUCAGAGAAUGGUUCUGAAGCUCGAUGAUUGAUUAAGGGUCGAUGGUCAGGCCGGAGAUCCCACCAUUCAUUGAGUUUGCAAGAUCCAACUCUUUCUUUUCUGAUCUCGUCUAUUCGUCAUGGGUGACUCUACUCAAGCCAACAAAGAGCUCGGCAACACUGAUUCACCCUACUUUCUUCAUUCUUCUGACAAUCCAGGAGUCUCCAUUGUCACUCAAAAUCUGACUGGGGAAAAUUAUGCAACAUGGUCUCGUGCCAUACGAAUGGCACUUCUUGCCAAGAAUAAAUAUGGGUUCAUUGAUGGAACCAUCGAGAAGCCUAGUCCUUCAGAUCCCAAAGCAUCUCAAUGGGAGAGAUGCAACAAAAUGGUGUAUUCCUGGAUUCUCAACUCAGUUCACAAUGACAUUGCUAAUAGUACAUCCUCCAUUGCCUCUUAUUUUACUGGGCUCAAAGCACUAUGGGACGAACUAUAUUCCUAUAAUGUCGUACCGCCAUGUACCUGUGGAUCUUCUAAAGAACUCAUGAACAUUCAUCAAAGAGAGAAAGUCAUGCAGUUCCUCAUGGGUUUAAAUGAAAGCUACAAUGCAAUACGCAGUCAGAUUCUCUUGAUGGAACCCUUACCUACUGUCAAUCGUGCAUACUCACUGCUACUUCAGGAAGAAAGACACCGUGACCUCCGUAUGUAUCAACAAUUGAUGACAUUACUCUCAACGGUGAUGCCCACCAACUCACCUGCCUCAACCGCCACUGUCUCUGGUAAUAUUGCUUGUCUUACCACUUCUCCUUCUAUUCAUUGGGUUAUUGAUACUGGAGCUACCCAUCAUAUAGCGUGCUCUAAAUCUUUGUUUACCUCUCUUAAACCUCAGUCCAACAUAUCUCCAGUGACCCUUCCCAAUGGUCAGACUGCUAACAUCUCCUUUACAGGAACUGUGGCACUACCCAAUGGACUUCGUCUAGAUGAUGACCUUCAAUCGAGGAAGACGAUUGGUCGGGGUAAACUCCAUGGAGGCCUCUACAUCCUUGAUUCGACCCAAGUCAACGCUGUCUCCACCAUUGGUCGGGGUAAACUCCAUGGAGGCCUCUACAUCCUUGAUUCGACCCAAGUUGCCAUCCAUCAACCUGACAUUGACAAUACUCAUUGUGAUCAAACAACUCCUGACCAAGCCGUCGUUCACCAACCUAACCCUGCCCUGCAAGUCAGUAAUGAAAUUGUUCCUAUGCCUCGACGCUCUGGUCGUAUCUCGAGACCACCUCCUUACUUGCAGGAUUUUGCCAAUUCUAUUGUGGGUACACCAGCAGCUAAAGAAUCCACAUCUCACCCCAUUUCUUCCUACCUCAAGUACUCGCACCUUUCCUCUACACACCGGUCCUAUGUUGCUGCUAUCACUUCUUCCAUCACCCCUGUUACCUUUGCUCAGGCCAAUCAAUCGCAACAAUGGCGCAAAGCUAUGGCACAUGAACUCCAAGCUCUUGAAGCUAAUAAAACUUGGCAUCUCACACCUCUACCUCCAGGAAAACACACUAUUGGUUGCAAGUGGGUCUAUAAAAUCAAAUACAAGCCUGAUGGAUCAAUCGAACGCUACAAAGCCCGACUUGUUGCCAAGGGUUUUACCCAACUCGAAGCCAUUGCCUCCAUUAAACAUUGGCCUCUUCACCAAUUGGACGUAAAUAAUGCUUUCUUACAUGGCGACUUACACGAAGAGGUCUACAUAUCCCGCAACUGGUUUUCUAAACUAUCUACUGCCUUGAUCUCACAUGAUUUUAUCCCUUCUAAGGCAGACUACUCUCUUUUUAGCAAAUUCACCAAGGCAGGUUGCAUCCAUGUCCUUGUUUAUGUCGACGAUAUUAUUGUCACUGGGGAUGACUCCAAUGGCAUAAUCGCCAUCAAACGCUCCCUUCACUCAAGCUUCCAUAUCAAAGACUUAGGCACCCUCAAAUAUUUCCUCGGCAUUGAGAUUGCCCGUUCCUCUCAAGGCAUCUUUCUCAACCAACGCAAAUACGUCCUUGAUUUACUUAAUGAUUCUGGCCUUCUUGGAGCACGACCAGUGGCUUUUCCAAUGGAACAACACCUCAAACUUUCUGCCACUAAUGGCACCUGCCCGAUGACUCGUCGCUCUACUAGUGGUUAUUUUACUAUGCUCGGUUCCUGCCCUAUCUCCUGGAAAACAAAGAAGCAAGUUACUGUGGCUCGUUCAUCUUGUGAAGCCGAAUAUCGCUCCAUGGCCUUGCUUUGUUGUGAAUUAGUUUGGUUGAAAUCCUUACUACAGGAUCUCCAUAUUUCCCAUUCGGAGCCUAUCACUCUUCAUUGUGACAACAAAGCCGCGCUCCAUAUUGCCACCAAUCCUGUUUUCCAUGAACGGACCAAACAUAUUGAAUUAGAUUGCCACUUUGUUCGUGACAAGAUCACUGAUGGGCUCAUCAAGCCUUCAUACAUGCCCACCGACAAUCAGUUGGCUGAUCUAUUUACAAAAGCUCUAGGCAAGGACAGGCUUCUACUUCUACUUGGCAAGUUGGGCAUGUAUGAUAUCCAUGCUUCAACUUGAAGGGGCGUAUUAAGCUGGCACCAACAGAUAUAUCAGAUUCUGUCUAACAGAUAAAACAUAAACCUGUUUUGGAUGCAAGCAUAUCUUCAACUUCAAAAACCUGUCAACCAAAUGCCAGUAAAUGUUUUGUUGUUUCUGUUGUAGCCAGCCAUGGAGUUUGUUAUUGGUGAUUGGUUAGUUUGUGAUUCAAUCUGAUCCACAAUUUGUGGGCACAGGCUUUCUUUAGA